UCGAGGAGAAACCAAUCACCUAGCGCCCAUUUUGAACUAUAACGUGGCGAAAGCUCCCCGGCAGGGCAGUGUACAGAUUCGAGAUUCCCCAGUGUCUCCAUCUCCUUCUCUGCCACUUUCCAUCCAUGGCUCCCACACAGACAUAUAUAGAUGGUUUCGUUUCCUCGAGCAAUGCUUCUCCUGCCCUUCCAUCGUCUUUCAAGUUUAACUUCGACCUCCAACCCAGUUUUAGAUUAUCUCGAAAUUCCAUGUAUGUAGCUUGUAGGAUGCAUUUCACUGCGAUAUCGGCCCAUGAUAGACCCCAGGGUCAAUUUUCUCCAAUUGCUAAAUGUACGGAUCGUAAUUAUGGAGGUUUUAAAGUCCCAAUCGCUCGUAGUUUCGGUUUGUUUAAUCAUAAUGCCCAGGUUGUCAAAUUAAAUGCUUGUCGGGUCGAUAACUUGUUUGGAAAGAAGCUGGCAACGUUUUAUGCCAAGGACGUGAAUUGCGUGGAUAGUGACAGUAAGCUGUUCGAUGAAAUUCCUGAGAGAACGCUUUCAGCCUAUUCAGCUUUGAUUAGGGCGUAUUGUCGAUCAGAGAAGUGGAAUGAGCUCUUUGCGGCGUUCAGAUCGAUGGUUGAUGAGGGCAUACUACCUGGUAAAUACUUAGUGCCCACGAUUCUUAAAGCAUGUUCUAGAAGACAAAUGGUGAAGACAGGUAAAAUGGUUCAUGGGUAUGCCAUUAGGAAGAGAUUGGUCUCUGAUAUUUUUAUUGGGAAUGCUCUUAUCGAUCUCUAUGGUAAUUGUGGGGAUUUGAGAUUUUCGAUCAAUGUUUUUGAUUCGAUGAGUGAAAAAGAUGUGGUUUCGUGGACUGCACUUGUUUCAGCCUACAUUGAAGAAGGUCUUUUGGAUGAGGUGAUGGAAGUAUUUCACUCCAUGCAGUCUAGUGGAUUGAAGCCUGAUUUGAUAUCUUGGAAUGCACUGGUCUCAGGGUUUGCUCGAUAUGGGGAGACUAACACUGCUCUCACGUACUUGGAAGCCAUGCAAGAAGAAGGAUUGAGCCCAAGGGUUAAUUCAUGGAACGGAGUAAUAUCAGGUUUUGUUCAAAAUGGAUAUUUCAAAGAUGCUUUGGAUGUAUUUAUUAAUAUGUUGUUGUUUGCUGAGAAUCCAAAUUCUGUUACUGUUGCGAGUAUACUACCAGCUUGUGCAGGGUUGAGAGAUCUAGGUUUAGGCAGGGCUAUUCAUGCAUAUGCUCUUAAGUGCGAGCUGUGUACAAACAUUUACGUCGAAGGAUCAUUAGUUGAUAUGUACUCGAAAUGCGGACAAGAUGAUUACGCUGAAGAAGUUUUUGCCAAAGCAGAGAAGAAAAACAUUACAUUGUGGAAUGAAAUUAUUGCAACUUACGUGAAUCAGGAAAAAACUAGCCAGGCAUUAGAAUGUUUUAGAUCACUGCAGCAUCAUGGACUAAAACCUGAUGUUGUAACCUACAACACACUGCUAGCUGGACAUGCAAAAAAUGGGCAGAAAGUUGAAGCAUAUAAGUUGCUAUCUGAGAUGUUACAGAAAGAUUUGGCACCCAAUGUUGUAUCUUUAAAUGUUUUAGUAUCUGGAUUUCAACAAUCUGGGUUAAGUUAUGAAGCUCUAGAAUUAUUCCAGACCAUGCUAUGCAAGGGUUGCCUUCAUAAUAAGAUGAUUACUUUCCCGAUCAGACCAGAUACCGUCACAAUAACUGCUGCUCUGGUGGCUUGCGCUAGCUUGAAUUUAUUGCACAAAGGGAAGGAAAUCCAUGGAUAUAUGUUCAGGAAUUCUUUUGAAGACAACCACUUCAUUUCAAGUGCUCUAAUUGACAUGUACGCAAAGUGUGAGAAUAUUGAUUUGGCAAUUCAAGUAUUUAGGAGUAUAAAGAACAGGAACGUAGUUUGUUGGAAUGCCUUGAUUGCUGGUCUUAUGAGAAUAAUGCAGCCUAAAAUGGCAGUUGAACUCUUCUGUCAAAUGCUAGUAGAAGGCUUAAAACCAAGUUCAGUCACCUUUUCAAUACUUCUCCCUGCCUUAGCCGAAAAGGCAGAUUUGAAAGCGAGAAGACAGCUACAUUCCUAUAUCAUCAAGAGUCGGUACCUUGAAUCAUGCAAUGACCUUGCAAAUGUCUUAAGUUCAGACAAUUUUGAUGGAGGAGUUUUGCUUCAUGGAAUAUAAUGCCUAUUAGCGUAUGACUAUAAAGGUCAUUCCCUAGAAUAGAAAAUGAUUGGAUCCUCUUUUCCCUUGCAGAGAACUAUUUGAAAAUAUUAGAUGAAAAUUAAGGCAGUGAAGGAUAAUUCUGUACGAUGAAGAGUUCAGUUCAGACAUGAGACAUCUGACCUGCGUUUGUGGCAAUCAGCCAAACUUUGGUUUCAAUAGAUGGGAUUUCAGAUGAUGAAGCACAGCAUCCGAUCAUCACCACGGUUCAAGGGGAACUUUCUUGCAGGAUGGAAUGAUGUUUGAAAUAUUCACUUGGUGCUAAGGUGCGUGCUAUCUGUUUGCAUUGCAAGGAAGGCUUUAAUUAUCCCUAAGAGGCUGGAUUGAUCGAGGAUUAUUAUGCGUAUAUCCUCCUAAGAGGAGUACUCGUCUAGACUAUAGGUGAUGGGUUUUGAAAAUGUAUAACUUGGCUGUCUGAACCAUUGCAACCAAUACUUAGGCUUUCCUAUUUCAAGAUUACAUCAAA